GGGUUUCCCACAGCCAACAUGGCGGCUCCCUGUGUGACCUGCGGCUGGGCAGUUUCCUACCGGCUGUUUCUCGCAGGUAGGAUUAGCCUCGCCCGGAGGCACGGCCUCUGGAAAACCGCGGCACCUGAGUUGCAGACAGGUACCGGAUCCCAGGCAUUAAGGCUGAGACACACCACAGUUGUAACAACAAAGAAAAAUGUUGCAGCCUUAAGACGUGAAACUUACACAGAGGAUUUUAUUAAAAAGCAGAUUGAAGAGUUCAACAUAGGAAAGAGACAUUUAGCCAACAUGAUGGGAGAAGACCCAGAAACUUUUACCGAAGAGGAUGUUGAUAGAGCCAUUGCUUACCUUUUUCCAAGUGGCUUGUUUGAGAAACGAGCCAGGCCCAUAAUGAAGCAUCCUGAGAAGAUUUUUCCAAAACAAAGAGCAAUCCAGUGGGGAGAAGAUGGCCGUCCAUUUCAUUUUCUCUUCUAUACUGGCAAACAAUCAUAUUAUUCAUUAAUGCAUAGAGACCUGAUUGGCAGCAGAUGGCUGAUUAAGGAGGAACUAGAAGAAAUGUUAGUGGAAAAACUGUCAGAUCAAGAUCAUAUGCACUUCAUUCAGCUGCUGGAAAAGUUAUUGACAUUGCGGUGUGGUGCUGCUGAGGAAGAAUUCGUGCAGAGGUUUCGCAGAAGUGUAACUAUUCAAUCAAAAAAACAGCUGAUUGAACCUGUGCAGUAUGACGAGCAAGGAAUGGCCUUUAGCACAAGUGAAGGUAAAAGAAAGACUGCAAAAGCAGAAGCCAUUGUUUAUGCACAUGGAAGUGGAAGAAUAAAAGUAAAUGGAAUUGAUUAUCUGCGUUACUUCCCGAUCACACAGGACAGAGAACAGUUGAUGUUCCCUUUUCACUUCCUUGACCGACUUGGAAAACAUGAUGUGACCUGCACCGUCUCAGGGGGUGGGAGGUCGGCUCAGGCUGGAGCGAUACGCUUGGCGAUGGCAAAAGCCUUGUGCAGUUUCAUCACUGAGGACGAGGUUGAGUGGAUGAGACAAGCUGGACUACUGACUACCGAUCCCCGAGUCAGAGAACGGAAGAAGCCAGGCCAAGAGGGAGCCCGAAGAAAGUUUACCUGGAAGAAGCGCUGAGGGCUUUUUCAUAGGAAGAGAGGAGGAAGGGCUGUACAUACCUGCCUGGCGUGUGGCAGACACACAGUGAACAGUGGCUGACCCACGUGAGGGUGGCACUAUCAGAAAUUUUUUUUGAGUUGUGAGAAGACUUAUUAUUAAAUGCUCCUUUGUAAAGGUGACUUUUUAAAAAUAAGAAAAAGAA